AUGAGUAAGCGGGCUCUUAAAUACGGCGGGAAAUCAGGUAUCUUACCCAGGGUUCGCCCAGUAUUUAAGCGAAAUCCAAUAAGACCUAAGACUAAUGAUGAGAUUGCAGAAGAAUCCAAGAUAGAACAAGGAUAUGCCGAAGGCAUUCCUUUGCCCAAAAAACGAGGAUUUAAGUUCCAGAGGCAACCAGUACCUCAUCCAGUUGUGACUGUUGAAGAGAGGAUCAAGAGGAAUAUAGAAGACCGCUCUCCUGCUAUAGUCAAUGAGUCAGAAUUGUCCCACGAUGAAUUAUGGAAAUUGAAAAGAGACGAAAUCCGAAGAGUACAUUUGAAAGAUGCUUACAUUACUGAAGCAAAAAGAUUACAGAGGAUCGAAGAAUUGAAAGCCGAGAAAGAAGCAAAGGAGAAAGAGGCCAAGAAAGAUAUUUUUUCGCACGAGGAAACUGAAGCCACAAGAUUGACUUUGCCUACUAUAGACUCUUACUUAAGCGGACCCAUAAUGAGACAGAGAACUGAAGAGGAAAAAGAGAUCCUCGAAGAGAAAAGAAUCUUGAAUAGAGAAGUAAAAAGAUUGGAAGUAAAAGAGAAAAAAGCUAACGAGAUAUUAGAAUUGUAUCAUGCAGCUUCCAAAUUCAUAACAACUGAGGAAGAACUCGAUCAUGCCAUUAAAGAAGCAUUUGAAGUAAAUGUUUCUAAAUUUGAACGUAACCAGUUGAACAUUGAAAAUAAAUUACAGGGUUAUUCUUAUGCUUUUGCAAAUGCCAACGUCAACGAGGGCUUGGUUCUUGACGAGGUUUUAGGUGAGAUCAAUGGUGAACCAGGAUUGGAGACUGUGAAGCAUACUUUGGACGGUGAAAUCGAAAGGUUAAGACGUGAGGCUCAAUUAGCCAUUAACCAAAAAAUGAAUUGA